AUGAGUGGACCGACUAAUGUUCAGUACCAGUCUGGUCUUUAUGGAGGAAACAACAACAGCAGCUCGCCGCUCUCCAGCCGGGGAAACUCGUCCAUCGUGUGCGAGCGCUGCAGGGAGGUGUGUCGCGGGGAGGUUGUGCGCGUCAAGAACACACACUUCCAUGUUCAGUGCUUCACGUGCCAAGUGUGCAGCUGUGACUUAGUGCACUCAGGUUUCUUCCACCACUCCGGUGAAUACAUCUGCACCGAGGACUACCAGCGGCUCUACGGGACCCAGUGUGACAGCUGUGACCAGUACAUCACUGGAGAGGUGGUGUCUGCUCUGGGGAGGACGUACCACCCGCACUGCUUCGUCUGCAGCAUCUGCAGGAGCCCGUUCCCAAUCGGCGACAGGGUGACCUUCUGCGGGAAGAAGUGUGUGUGUCAGCAGUGCUCGCACUCUCUGAGCAGCGACAAGCCCGUCAAGGUCCACGGGCCCAGCUACUGUGCCGGCUGUGGCGAGGAGAUCAGACAGGGUCAGUCCCUGCUGGCUCUGGAGAGACAGUGGCACGUCAGUUGCUUUAAAUGCCGGACAUGUGGCUGUACGCUCACUGGAGAGUACAUCAGCAAGGAUGGGAUUCCUUACUGUGAGGCUGAUUACCACUCACAGUUUGGGAUCCGGUGUGAGGGCUGUAACAGGUACAUCAGCGGCAGAGUGCUGGAGGCUGGAGGGAAGCACUACCACCCCAGCUGUGCCAGGUGUGCGCGCUGUCACAUGAUGUUCUUGGAAGGAGCGGAAAUGUACCUCACAGGUUCAGAGGUUUGGCACCCCAUGUGUAAAGAAGCAGCUCGGCUGGAGAGAAAACUGAGGCUGAGACGUACGUCUGAGACGGCUUCCAUUUCCCCCACGGCCUCCUCCCCUCUGCUCGGAUCUCCUCACCGCCUUAUCUGCUCAUUGGGCUCCUUGUCACCAUACUCUCAUGAUGUGUUGGACGGCGUGGAGUUGAGAACGAGGCGUUCCUCCAGCUCUGCCUUCACCGACUCUCCUGCACACAGUCGCCUAGGAGGGUCCCCUCUGCAUUAUUAUCUUCCCGGCAGUGAGAGUGGCAGGAGUUCCCCAUAUUACUCUCAGCCAGAGCCCAGGUGUUCCACCCCCGACACCACCACCCUCCAAGCCCCCAAGCAUUUCCAUGUGCCAGCUUCUGAAGAAACCAACAUCUACAGGAAACCCCCCAACUAUAAGCGACUAGACACCUCUGCCUCUCCGACAGCCAGUAAGAGCAAAACCAAUGAGAAUCUCAACAAUUCCAGUUGCCUUUCUUCCUCCAACUGCAACAGCAUUUAUCACCCAGGCUCCAACUACUACCCAUACACUGGCUCUCCCAAAGUCUCCAGAGUGAGGCGGUUUUCGUCCGGAGGGGAGGAAGACGGCUGGAAUCACAAUAUCAACAGGAGCAUUGGCAGGAUGAUCCUGAAAGAGGAAAUGAAGGCGCGGUCAGGUUGUCACGACAAUGACCAGUGGGGGAGCAGACGCAGUUCCCGCUGCAGCAGCAAGGAGGCACUGAACAAUCUGGGAUACGGCUCCCUCAAUGGCUCUCCCCGGUCUGUCUGCAGCGCUGACAGCGAUUCAUAUGUUGCCAAAUCGGCCUCGUUGCCAGGAUAUGGCAAGAAUGUGCUGAACAGGCCUGGGAGUGCCGGUGCAGAUUAUUACCAGUAUGACAGCGGUAAUGCAGUUAAUUGGCAGAUCAGAGAAUACAAGAUCCAUCCCUAUGAAGCCCUAGUGGUGUCAGUCAGAGGGCGUCUCCCCAGUGACGUCGACCGAGCCAGACUGGAGCGUCACCUCUCACCAGAGGAGUUCCACAGGGUCUUUGGCAUGUCCAUGUCGGCCUUUGACCGCCUCGCUCAGUGGAAAAAGAAAGAACUUAAGAAACAGGUCAGACUCUUUUGA